UGUCGUUUUAUGAAAGCACUUGAUAUUCUGGUUAGCUGUUAUUAUAAUAGGUUAUAUUUCUGUCCUCUCGUCCAGACGUGGGUGUGGUAACGUUAGUCAGUAGCUUCAUUCAUUUAGGACGUGCACAUUUCAUAUGCUCAUCAUAAGUUUGCACUGCGGAUCCAACUCUUUUAAAACUGCAGAAUUACAGCUGUAAUGUUUAAAGGGCAACACGUUAAGCUGUAUUUUUUGGAUGUGGCUAUUAAUUAGAAUGAGCUCGCUUGCUGUAGAAACGCUUCAGGAUGCCACCGACUUCCGGUUGCAAGACUGCAAUGUACGUGUUUUCAGGCGUCCUGUGCUGCUUUCCUUAGCGCGUGAUACAGGGAACCUGAUGGGAGCGCUGCAGGCAGUGCUGAAGAAUCCACCCAUCAACACCAAGAACCAGAAUGUGAAGGACCGGGCUGAAGGCCUCGUGUUGAAAGUGCUCAGCUCUUUCAAGACUAGUGAUAUAGAAAAGGCUGUCCAGUCUCUGGAUAAGACUGGAGUUGAUCUCCUGAUGAAAUACAUCUACAAAGGCUUUGAAAAACCCUCAGACAACAGUAGUGCCAUCCUACUGCAGUGGCAUGAGAAGGCUCUCUCAGCAGGUGGUGUGGGCUCCAUCGUCCGAGUGCUCACGGCCAGGAAGACUGUGUAAUCUUCAGCACCGUGGCAGGGUUGGCGGAGGGACUGACUGGCUGGCACAACCCCUCAUGGCCUGGUUUCUGCCCACACUGCCAAACUCUGGAGGAUAUCCAGUCAUUCACCUUUUUUUUUAAAACGAUCAAACAUCACAGUCCCAUUUGGAUUUCUUGCGGUGAAGUUAAGCACCUUGGAUCUACGGUCACAGAACGGUGACGAGAAAAUGUCAUUGUUGACCUCAGUAGUUAUUAAGCACAGACAUUUUAGCUAUUUUGAAAGAAAACGUCUCUUUGCUCGUCUACUUCACAUACUUCACAUUCUCAUACCUGUCCUGAUGCAAAGUCUCAAGCGAACAGAACAAACAGUACAUGUAAUCACACGACUAAAUCUUUAGUCUUGUUUUUACAGUGGCAUGUGAUCGUUCUCUGGAGCUUUUUUGUUUGUUUUUUUUUCUUAAAGGGAUAGUCCACCCAAAAUGAUGUCAUCAUUUACUCACCCACAUUUUGUUCCAGACCUGUUUGACUGUGGAACAUAAGAAGAUAUCUUGAAGAACUUUGGGGUCCAAACAACAUCUUGGUUUUCUUUUGUGUCAAACAGAUUUGAAUGAAGGUGAAUAAAUGAUGACCGUAUUUAAAUUGUUUGUAUGAACUAUCGCUUUAAGAAGGUGAUCAAGCUUUCUUUCACAGGAUUUUUACUUUCCUCUCUUUUUUUCAUCUUCUUCUUUUCAGUUGCUCUGUGGAACAUGCAGCAUCAGUAUUUGCUUUAUCCUACUUGCAUGCAUUGCGUUUUAUAUAAGUUCAGAGCUGGAUGAUGAAUCUAACCUUAUAUGAACACCUGUGUGUUCAAGAGGGAGAUUUCCAGCUCAAUUUCUUGUGAUCGGCGUGCUUAUUUUCCUCCACUGUCCCUUCAGUAAUUCAUGCAGUUUCUAGAAACUCUUUUUGUUUCAUAUCACACCGGGAUCACGUUUUAAGAAACAAAAAAGGGAAUACAUUAAGUUGCCAAAAACAUUUUUAUUGUCAUGAAUGUUGAUUAAAAUUAGUGUGUUUUUGUACUCUUUACAGAAACGAUGAGUUAAUUAUUUUCUAACGCUGAGUAUUAUUAGAUUGUCCAACAAAAGCUUAUGUAUAUUUUGAUCAUAUCAUUUUUGAGCUGUAUUAGAUGUUACCAAUUGUAGAACCUGAUUAACAUCAACAUGUACUUUGAACUCAGACUUUAUGUCAGGUGCUGAUGAUCUAGCUAACCUCUGAGACACACAAGUGUUUGUGUAUGCUCACAACUCCCACCAAACACGCAGCUAGCACUCCAGCUGCAGUGGAGGAUUUAGCUUCCACUGUGGUCCACUUGUUUAUCACAUACUUGAAGCCAUACAUAAACAACCCAAGGAACUUUCCAAGUGAAUGUUGAGUUUGCAUCACACCAGUGAUUGAUAUGAUUAAGAGCAAAAAUGAUGAAAUAGUUUACCAACUGCCUUAUGAAAUGUACAUUUUAUAUUGUAUCAUCCUUUUGAAAAAUAAAUGAAAUAAAUGCAAA